AUGAAAAACACAGAAGGCAGCAUGACAACAAGCUCAGAGCUGAUUCUACCCUCACCCACCAAGAUGAGGACGCGCAAGUCUCGACAUCGUCGCAAUAACAGCCGAAGCUCUAUGAAGGACAUCGCCUCCCCCAUCAAGUCCCCCUCGCGGGACCACGAAGCCAGAAAUGCUGAAGCUCUGAACCCUGCUGGCCUACACCACAUAGAGCACCCGCAGUUCCCCGGUACUUUAAAGUACCUGGGGCCAGGGACGGCCAUCAGGGAGUACAGGAGCGAGGACGAGGUGGACGGCUGUGAGAUGAGGAUCUCACACAUGGAGAACAACAUCAAAAAACGUCAGGAGCUGUGUAGCAGGACCUCCAGCACCAACAACAGCACCAAGAGGUCUCCCAUCUCCAGGCGAUCACCGCUAUUCAAAGACAAUAACAUCAACGACGUUUGCUUUGGCUGCGACGGCGGGUGUAGUGACGCCACGUGCAGCAGCAAAAGGUCGUCCCAGGUCAGCGCCGAUGUUGAGAGCACCUGUGAUUUAUCUCCCCUGUCUAGCCCCAAACACCAACCGCUUGAAACAAUGAGCGAGAAAUCAUCUCCGGAUGUUGACUCGUCUCGCCAUGAAACUGGCUCAGGGUCAUGUUCAUGCUCGCCCAUGGCAUCCCCCGCUGACCUUCAACCCCAGACGUACACAGUCCGAGAAAAAGACUCGAAUGAAAAUUUAAAUUUCCCAGAGAGCAGCACAAACUCUGUUAGCUCACAGUUGAACUCGGGCGUCAUCCAAACGACGACGUCACACACUGACUGUGACACCAUCAACACCAGUCUCACACAACAGACUCUCACAAACUCCACCAACCACCAUCUUGUACUUAUGACCUCACAGGGGUCGGGGGUCAAACGGGUUCACAGCAGCCAGGAUAUGAGCAGGAGACACAGGAGCCCGUCCUGCCGGAGGAGAAGCUCUGACAUCUUUGAGAACUCUGGCAGGUGUCAGGACAGGUACGAGGACAGCCAGGCGGGGACGGAGAGAGCUGGACAAAAUGUGGACGGUGUCCUGCAGAAAAGGGAGGCAAACAAUUCCUCUGUUAGAUUCAGAAACACAAAGCACUUUGAAGAAUCCUGGUCUGAAGAAGAGGAAGGGGAGGUGAGUGAUGACGAGACACCUUGUCGUCCCCCCUGCCGCCAGUCCUUCUCCACCCUGAGCUCUGAAGGUGUCUUCUUAGAGGAGGACAUCAGUGACAGGUCAGGCAACCAAGAUGGCAGUGGUGACAACGGUCUGCUGUCCACUGGCAGUGCAGAAAACCUGCAGGCGGAGCUGACCAAACUGACCUACAUACCAGAUGGUCUGUCGGACAGGGAGAAAACUGUCAAGAAGAUGAAAAAUAAAGUUAACUCCCCUGAUAGGAUGAAAUCUGAGACUGACACAAGUUCGGACGAGUGUUCUGAUAUAACAGUGUCAUCAGCUAUACACAAAACUAGGUCUGUAGAGAGUAGCACCCACUGGUAG